AUGGAGUUCAUUCAAAAUCUCUUACUCUUACUCGUACUCUUUCUCUCUCUACUACUUUCUUACUCCUCCUCCAUUCACGAGCUUCUCCAGUCCAGAGGGUUGCCGGCCGGCCUUCUCCCGAAGGAGGUGAGAUCCUACACACUGUCUGAAUCUGGGCUUCUCGAAGUGUUUCUGGAUGGUCUGUGCAUGAUCAAGUUUGAUACGAUGGCGUUUUAUGACAGCGUUGUUCGGGCGAAUUUUACUUAUGGCAGUCUGACCGGAGUCGAGGGAUUCUCGCUGGAAGAGCUUUUCUUUUGGCUUCCGGUUAAGGACAUUGUUGUUGAUUAUCCGAAGCCGGGGCUGAUUCUGUUCGAUAUUGGCGUUGCUCGUAAACAGCUUUCGCUAUCGUUGUUUGAAGAUCCACCGGAUUAUAACGACUCGUUGGACUCAAAGCCGCUGGAGUGGAGCCACGAGAAGCAGCCUAACACCACCAUCAUCAUAGAUCGCUUCAUGUCGUUCCUCGUUCUACUCCAACGAACACCGCCUCGUGGUGGUGAUGGUGGCCAAGUCGCGCAUGAGAUCUAUCGGCAUAGGCCACCGCUGCGCGAAGCAGAUCUGCAAGAAACGCCAUGCAACUCGGAAAUCUUUGUGGUGAGGAGACGAGUUGAAUGCAAGGAUGGAGCUUGCCAUUCACAACACUGA